ACAAUAAAUGCAUUUUGAUUUGAACGGUGAGGUAUCUCCAAAGAAUUGCCAAAGAGCGCGGUAUAUCAGUUACAAACGAGGACGUUAGUAGAUAAUUGACGGUACAAUCGGUGGAGACUGAAUUUCAACUUUUUGUGUUAAGUUUCAGGUUUAUUUUCGUGUUCAGUUGUGAAAGAAGCGCAGCUUUGGAUUGACUUCAACAACUAUAGGGAAAUGUGCAUAAUUAUUUUACUUUUACCGUGUGUGUUUGGAGUCGUGGUUUCUGCUAGAACAUGCUUUGAGAUGUCGCCUAAAGAUGAUGUAUUCAUCAUGGCUGGUUCCGAGCUGCAGGUGAAUUGUUCAUUGAAGAUGCUUGAGAAUGGUAGCGACUGUGUUGAUGAUUACAAUAUCUAUAAUAUUACAAUACGGAAGGGAAGUAAAGAAUUUUCAUCAGAUUUAUUUGAGUACUUUGCGGGAAAGAAAACAUUGACGCUAACGAUCCGGAAUGUGACAUUUGAAGACGACGGGUUUUACAAUUGUGUAUAUGGUGGCAACAUUCAGUCUACAAUGCGCAUGCACAUAGGAGAGCCUCCAGGAGCCCCUGAAAAUCUGAGUUGCAUCUCCAGGAACUUCAAUGACCUGAGUUGUUCUUUUGCCUUAAGUGAAAAAAUAGUGAAUAUUCCUACUGGGAACAAAAUAAAGUUCAAAAUGAACAGGCAGAAAUGGACCAACAUCACAGAAUCAAACUACCAUUGUAACAAGUCAAUGUGCACCUUCUGGUUGAAUAGCCGGAAUGAUGCGCCUUCUGCGUACACCUUCACGCCCAGUGCUCAAUAUAAAAUUCGUGCCAUUGCAUGGAACAAACUUGGCAAAAAGUCUACAGAUCUAGAAAUUGGAAACACAGGCAGUAUAGUGAAGCCCGAUCCUGUGGACAACAUUGGUUUUGAUUUCACGAAGUUUAGUCGGCGUGUCAGGCUGCGAUGGAGUUGCCCAAAGGAUCUAACUUUUUCAGAUUCAUCAUUUAUAGCCAUGGAUUAUAAAAUAGCAGUUACUUCGGAGUGGCAGAAUAGAACACUGCUGGUUGAGAACAAGACAACCGCUGUUAUGGAGCACUACAUAGAAAACCUCAUACCGUUCACAAGUUAUACUGUAACUGUCCAGGCUAAACCUUCAGCGGCUGUCCUUGACAUCUACUGGAGCAAUACCAGCGUAGUAACCUUUGUUACCUUAAGUACAGUAUCGGAGCAUGCAGUAUCAGUAACAGCUGGUUCUUAUAUGAUGGUAGACCCUGGACGUCCGCUUCUUUACUGGAAGAACCCGGCUAGAAGAUACUGGUACGGAAAUAUCACCGGUUAUAAAACAAUGCUCGAGAAAGUCGUGCUAUCAGAAAACACUGUUGAUGAGUUAGGUCGCAUAGACAAGGGCUACAACUGGAAAAAUCCUAUACAUAUAUAUGGUUCAGAGCCUCUAUCUGAGAAUAUAGAAGGGAUGGCUGUAUCUGCAGUACUGAAUAAUAAAUCACUCAAGGAAAACAGUUACCAAGUGGAAAUGAUGCUGACAAAUACGGAAGGCGUUUCCAGCAAUCGCAGUAAAAUGAUUGUUCCAAACUGGAAUAUAGGCCAGGCACUGAGACCGGAGUGGGUAUCAGUUGAGAUUGCCGAUUCAUCAGUAUAUAUUUCCUGGUACAUGGAUCCGGAGUACUGUGCUGUUGUCACCUCAGUGACAUACUACUGGUGUAUAGUGGACAGUAUCCACCCCUUUACCAACUCUAACGUUUCUUGCAAGGAACAGUUUGACUGGAAAACAGUGAACAUAUCAGAUGGAUGUGGCAGUCGUAUAAGUCACGAGAUACAGAAUUCUGCUGAUCCUCAUGAUAUUAAAUACUCUGUAUCUGUCCAAACAAGUAGUCAGCUUAGUGGAGGGAUGAUGUGGGAGAAGUUCCGCUUCAGUAAAUAUAAUGUGCCAGAGAAGCCACUGUAUGCCGUCUCCACCGAUGGUACUAACCUAAAGGUACAUAUUCUGUAUGGAGACUACUAUACCAGUAAAGGCGGAAGUCCCGAUAAUUACUCCGUUGAGUACCGUGAAUGUUUACAGAAUGAUGACUGCCUUACAGGUAUUUCGAACGGAACUAUCCACUUAUUUCCUGCAAACUUUAUAAACCCUGUGUACAUGAUUGGUAACAUGAAGUCUGGUUCCCAGUACCGAGUUCGUGUAUCAUCUUUUAAUAGUGUGGGACGCAGUGAAUAUGGGGAACAAUUCAAGAUCACUUUCGCCAACGAUGAAACCGUUUCAGUUGCUGGAGCGUUGGGUGGAACAGCUGGAGGCAUAGUGUGUGUUUUUUUGUUGCUAGUUUUGAUUUGGUAUGGAAGGAAAAAGUACAAUGACAUACAGAUAGAAGCGUCUAUAAAAAUGCCGGAUGAUCUACCAGUGGAUGAAAUGACAAAGAUGGUAGAAGAUAGGAUAUCUAUGGUCUCAGAUGACCACGACAGUGGCAAAGGUACAGAUAGUCUGAGGUCCAGUCUUGAUGAUGCAACCUGUCCAGAGGCCAGAUCAUUGGGUUUAAAUUCAUAUUGCAUCGGCAAUGGUAUUUGCGGACCAACAAAUCAGAGGACAUCGACAGCCCAGAACGUGUUUCUGAAUGGAAACUUAUGCGAAACAGUGUGUGAGAAAAUCGCGUUUGAUGGUGAAUGUGAAAUAUAUACUGAUAAAACAACCGAGGAAAUGUCCAAUGAAAGACGUAAAAGCAAUCAGCAAAGACUUCCUACCAGCUCCUUUGGAGAUUCUGCCCAUAAAUUAUCAUCGGACAAAAGUGAAAGUUCACCAGAUACUUUUAUAGCUGACAGGUCUAAACUGCAUUUGACUGAACUCUGCUCGGGCUUUGUUACGGAAACACCAGUGGAAGGAAAAUCUUCAUUGGAUCGGGAGUUGAAUGGGCAAGGAUAUGUUCUUCAUGGUACUGAAAUGAACAUUCCAAUAACUCUCGAGAAAGUAUUUUGUAAUACCGAUUAUGUGGCAGCAGUUGCUGACACUGAACGUUACGACAGAAAGGGAGAACUUUUACCAAUAAAGGGAGAAACAUAUGGACAUGAACAUCUACUUAAUGACAGUACAUGUGGUUCAUCAAGGCUGAGUACAUAUCAAAAGUCAGAGAAAGAAAGUUUUGACGUAGACUCUGAUUACGUGAAGGCAUUGAAUAACGGAGACAAUUGUCAGAGAAAGGAAGGUUAUGUGCUCAAUUCGGAUGCUGAAUUGCUGCAAAAGAUGUUAGAUAAUAGAAUGGUGAACGCCUCUAUUGGAAUGAAAGACGAAGACUGUUAUCAAAAUACAGGUUCCAUUUCAUACGUACCAGAAGCGUUUAAUUCAGUGAUAGAAAAUGCCACUUGUAGAACGCAGGUAGUAAAUACUGUUGAUACGGAAAAUCCAUAUGUACUAGAGAGGGACCAUUUUCCACUUGAACAAGUUUAUCAAAGACCAUCAAAGAUGGGACAAUGUUCGUGGAAACCGAAGGCAUAAAAU